ACUGGGAGGAGCGAUAACUGGAAUCCUCGACAGGCAGAGUUUUUAAAGAUAGUGUCAUAUCAAGGUUUCACGAGUGCAGUUUGCGGGGAGGCAGAUAGGGGAAGGGCAGGACAGCCCUACAGACACAUGGAGGCUGGCCCAUCCUUACUCACACGGAGGGCUGGAGUGGGUGGCCGGGGAGAAGGCGGUGGGACAGCCAAAGGGGAGGGACAUUCCCAAGUGGAGAUGAACCUCAUCCAGCCAGAGUCUGAGGAAGCUCUUGAGACGCAUGGUGUCACGCCCAUGGUGCUACGUCUGCCCCAGGACCCAAGGAAAGUCGCUCUUUAUGCCUCCCUCAUCGUGCUUCUGAUCUUCACCACAGCAUUCCUGUUGGGUUAUGUGGCGUUCCGUGGGUCCUGCAACUACUGCAGUGACACGGACGGGGAGCUGGUGCCGGUGGAUGACGACACGGCCGGGUCGGAGCACACCUCUUCUGGGGGGAUCAUGUACCUGGGGGAGCUGAAGGACAUGCUGAGGAAGUACUUGAGAGAGGAGAAGAUUGAGAGCACCAUCAGGCGAGUGAGCAGGGCAGCCCACCCACCGGGGUCCUUGGAAGGGAGCGAGCUGGCCAGCGAGAUCCUGCAGAACUUUCGGCAGCUGCGAAUGGACCACACUUGGACAGACUCGCACUACGCCACCUUGCAGUUCCCAUCCAAGACCAAGAAGAACUCACUGUGGGUAGUAGAUGAGCAGGGCACAGUGCUGGAGGACCUCUUGCCAGAAAAUACUCAGACUUACUGUGCUUAUAGUGGAACAGGAACAGCCAUGGGUAGUGUAGUCUACGUGAAUUACGGCAGGGAGGAAGAUUUCCAUCUUCUGCUUUCACGUGGGCUGUCACUAGCGGGCGCAUUGGCAGUGGUGAGAGUUGGUGGCGGUGUGAGUUAUGCAGAGAAAGUGUGGCAUGCCCAACAAGCAGGGCUUGGGGGGGUACUCAUCUAUCCCGACCCUGCUGAUGUGCCCCAGGACCCCCGUAGACUGGGACUCAGCUCGAACUCAUCAAUCUCUGAGCAUGUACACUUAGGGUCAGGUGAUCCUUUCACCCCAGGUUUCCCCUCCUUUAACCACACCCAGUUCCCGCCCACACAGUCUUCCGGCCUGCCAAUCAUUCCUGCACAGCCUAUCAGUGCCAACGUCGCCUCUAAACUGCUUAGUGGUGUCAUGGGGCCAGACUGUCCCCGCGGCUGGCAGGGACGCCUCCCUUACGUCCGCUGUGCGCUGGGCCUCGCAUUCGGCGCUGUCGAAGGCCGCAGAGUAAGGAUGGGCGUUUAUAACACCAUGACACCUGUGCUGCUCAACAACAUCUUCGCCUCCAUUGAAGGAAAGACGGAGCCAGACCAUUACAUAAUCAUGGGAGCGCAGCGUGACUCCUGGGAUCCUGGGGCUGCUAAGUCCGGGGUGGGCACUGCCAUCCUGCUGGAGCUCGCCCGCACCUUCAGCUCCAUGGUGGAGAACGGAUUCUAUCCCCGCCGGAGUUUGUUGUUCGUCAGCUGGGAUGCUGCAGACUUUGGCAAUGUUGGGGCCACUGAGUGGUUGGAGGGUUACCUCACUAUGCUACACUUGAAAGCCGUGGCCUACUUCAGUCUGGACAAGGCAGUUCUGGGUGAUGACAAUCUGUCUGUCUACACCAGCCCCCUGCUGGUUAAUCUCAUCGAGGGAGUUAUCAAGCAGGUGGAGCAUCCCAAACACUCAGGCCACACCAUUUAUGAUUACACGCAGGGCCAAGGUGCCAGCUGGAAGAACCAGAUAGUGAAGCCCUUGUUCCUGAACAGUGGGGGUUACAGUUUCACUGCCUUUGCAGGCGUGCCGGCCAUGGAGGUCCGCUUCAUGGAGGACAGUCGCCCAUAUCCCUUCAUCAACACGCAGCUGGAUACCGCCGAGCGGCUGCAGGAGGUGCUGCAGGGCCGAGUGGGGGCGCUGGGCCACAGCGUGGGGGAGCUGGUGGGACUGAUGGUGCUGCACCUUGCCCACGACCACAUCCUUCCGCUGGACGUCACCUGCUACAGCGGCGCCGUGCUCAGCUUCGGCUCCCAGCUCAACAAGUUCUCCCCAGAGCUGCAGGCCCGAGGCCUCUCCCUGCAGUGGGUGUUCAGUGCUCGUGGGGAUUAUAACCGCGCGGCGGAGACGCUGCGAGACACCAUCCAGAACAGCGACGUUCAUGAUGAGCGGAUGGCCCGCCUCUACAACACGCGCAUCAUGCGGGUGGAGUACUACUUCCUGUCCCAGUACGUGUCGGCGGUGGAGACCCCAUUCCGGCAUGUUCUGCACGGCCGGGGCGAGCACACGGUCAGCGCACUCACUGAGCACCUGUCCUUGCUGCGCUCUGAGCCGCAGCGCUUCGACGAGGCGCACUUCCGCCGCCAGCUGGCCCUGCUCACCUGGACGCUGCAGGGAGCCGCUAAUGCGCUCAGUGGCGACGUGUGGAACAUCGACAACAGCUUCUAGGCCCCGAAGUACUGACUGAUGAACACACUGACUGACGAACACGCCGACUGACAGACACACCGACUGACGGACACGCCGACUGACAGACACGCCGACUGACGGACACGCCGACUGACGGACGCGCCGACUGAAGGACACACCGACUGAAGGACAAACCGACUGACGGACACACUGACUGACAGAUACACUGACUGAUAGACACACCAACUAACAGACACAUUGCUAUACACACUCUGACGUACAUACAUUCACAUGGAAAUGACAUAAACACAUACAUGAUUUAUGUAUUUAUACACACGGGCUGACCAACACUCACACAAUUUGUUAUAAACACUCUACCACCGGACAGCUAAACUCACUGACAGUCUAAAAAUGCUGAUCUUAGUUUGUAUAGAUUUCCUGCACACUAAGGCCCAUAUAGCAUGUAGAUGUAUUUCAGGUUUUUUUUUGGGACUCUGUGGUAUUCUCAUUGAUCAAGUAGGGCAUUAUAUUUGCUGGGUAAUUGUACUGGUGAGUCACCCAGUGUUCCUGCCUUACAUGCACUGUAUUCAUCCUCUGAGAUCCAGGCAUGGUACGCUGGCUAACUUCGCUAUGAAGAAGAAGCAGAGAAGCGUUUUUGUAUUACAGUCAGCUCACAAAAUCUAUAGAAGCUACGAGCUGCACAGUGUUUUUCUCUGAUUAGUUAUGAUGGGUGUACUGGGAAUGUGACCUCUGGGGAUGGUCUUCUCAAUGAUUGGUCAAUUCAGUGACUAAUCACAGAAGAGAAUGAUCAUCUCUUGUAAUUGAUUCAUCACCUGAGGGACAUGUCAUCGUGCAGACUGGGAAACUCCAAUCUCAGGAACUUUGAGAACCACCCAGAAGGAAAAUCUGUCUCUGCCAAAGUUCCCUCCAGUCAGAUUUACACUUGCCAUUUCUGGCAAGGUGAAUUCACUGGGAGAUAAUUAAUAUUAAUUAGUUUUAUUAAUCAAUAUUAAUUAGUACAAACAGAUUAAUAUUGCUAAACUAAUUAAUAUGAAUUAGUCUGAACUAAGUCUUUUGCAAAUGAUCAAAACUAAAAAGGAAAGAUUCUCCACCUUAUCGCCACUGAACUUGUGUAAAAAAGGACUAGUAAUCUAUACUCCGCAUUUCUGAGAGCAUUUGUAGCCUCUUCAAUUCAGCUGUUUAUGAUGAGAUGCUCUGGUGACCAGUUGGUGACAUAAACAAUUUGAGUGUAACAAGCGGGGCCCAGGUGCAUGUGUACCCCUUACCUCUGAGUUCGUGUUUUGUAUACAGUGUAUACUGUAUGGUUCUCUGCUUAGAUUGAUUACACUCUAUCCUCUUCGUCUCUUUGUCCAGAAAGGGCAGGCGCUAAUUAAGCAUUAAUUUAUCAUCGACAGUGAUUGCCACUAAUUCUUUUUUUUUUUUUAUUGCCAAGAGAUAAUGAGUCUUUAGCAAUGUAAGCAGUAAUUAUCGGAAGCAGUGCCUUCCAUAAUUAUGACAGUCAUACUGUCGUCCAAUCAAAAAGCAGCAUCUGCUAUCAAUGAGCCCAGGUGGUUACGGGGCAGGAAGUGGUCAUGCGGUGAUGUAAUAUAAACAGGCAGAAGAUCACGGCUCUACACUGACUCCAGACUGUAGGUGGUGCUGGUGAGUUCAUGCAUGGACAUCUGUAGCUCUGUUUGGUUAAUGUACAGGGUCGUGAUUGGAGACGUUUAUGGUGGUAUCAUCGACAUUGGGUGUUUAAGGCGGUCCUUCUGCUCCCCACUGCACUGUACCUCACUGACCUGAGGCCAGAGGGCGCCACCUUUUCGGGGAUAUUGGAAACCAGUUGCAGCUAUUCGAGUCUGUGUGCAUAUCUGAGUAUUUAAUUGAGACAGGCAGUCAUUCCCUUUCUUUACUAAGACAAUGGAGAAAUAUUCAGUGCCAUCUUAAAACAAAAGUUCCUGACAUUCUGGAAGAAAUCACAUGAAAAUGUAUGCUGGCUGUCAUAUAAUGAUCUGGUGUUCCACAGGAAGUUUGCAUUAGACUGCAGGACUCUUUGUGUGACAGUAAAAUAACCUAAUUAAAACAGUUAAAUGUGAACGGUGCUCUCCGCCCUCGUGGCCCAGGUGGGACCGUCUCCUGUAGGGGGGGCUGUAGACAUUUCUGUGUGACUGCUUCUGCUGUUCUGCCCCCCUUUCAAUGCAUUCUGCUGUCAGACAGCUUCCAAUAAACCUCUCCCUGAAUUUA